CGUAACACUUAUACCUGUACUUCCGGUCAAAAAUUUACUUGAGUAACUGUUUCUUAACUUAGUCUUAUGUAGCGAGUUUUACACUUUGUUGAAGUUAAUGCCUCGUAAGAAACCAUUCAGUUCAAAGCAGAAAAAGCUCCAAUUACAAGAAAGGCGUAGGCGAAAGAAAAACGAUGAUGAUGAUGACAGCGAUGACUGCGAAGUAUCUCACGUGGACAACAAAGAAAGGCUAGAGGUCAACAAACAGCCUGUCAAUAUCUUGAACGAGAAAUAUGAUCCCAACAGAUACCGACUUCAUUUCUUCAAAGAAAGUAGAGAUGAAGUCAAUGAAAGAAAGCGGAGGGCAAGGACGGAACCAAUCAAAGCCAAGAAACAGACAGAUCUGGAGGUAGAUUUUGAGACUGUGUAUAGACUGGGCUCUGUACUAGAUAUCCCAAAGAGGCCACCAUGGGAUUACUACUUAUCCAAACAGCAACUGGAGACCAGGGAGGAAAAGUAUUUCCAGAUCUACGUGGCUGAGAUUAUGAAGGAACACACUGCACAGGAGCUGAGUUAUUUCGAGAUGAACUUGGAGACGUGGCGACAGUUAUGGAGAGUACUGGAGAUCUCAGACGUUCUGCUUCUAAUUUUGGACGUCCGAACCCCGGUUUUGCAUUUCUCUCCAGCGUUAUACAAUCAUGUGACAAAAAGUCUGAAGAAAUCUAUGAUACUGGUGAUCAACAAGAUAGACCUGGCACCAAGGGCCUUAACUGUGGCCUGGAAACACUAUUUAUUGUCCAAAUUUCCUGAUCUCAAAAUUGUGCUAUUUAGCUCUAACCCUUCAGAAUCAAUCAAAGGUGGUGAACUUCAACAACAAAGACGAGCUUUUAAAAGGGGAAAAAUUAAUCGGUAUACAGAGUCUGUUGGACCAAUGGAACUACUAAAAGUUUGUCAAGAAAUUGUUGGAAAUAAAGUUGACUUGUCGAGCUGGGAGGAGAAAAUUCAUGCAGACGCAAAUGAUGACGAGAAUGCUGUGGGUGAAUCCCUCUCGACAGAGGAAAUGGGGGGGCAUGACAUGUUUAAGGAUGGUGUACUAACCAUCGGCUGUGUGGGAUACCCAAAUGUCGGAAAGUCUUCACUUUUGAAUGGAUUGGUGGGGAAGAAGGUAGUGAGCGUUUCUAAGACCCCAGGCCACACCAAACAUUUGCAGACAAUCUUCCUGACUCCCACGGUUAAACUUUGUGACUGUCCGGGUCUGGUCUUUCCAUCUAUUGUGGACAAAUCAUUACAGAUUAUUGCUGGAAUUUUUCCAAUUGCUCAAGUGAGAGAUCCUUAUUCUGUGGUUGGCUUUUUGGGAGAAACAAUUAAUUUACAAAAGCUGCUGAACCUGAGACAUCCAGAUCUUGCUGAAGGAGAUGAAUGGACAGCCUAUGAUAUAUGUGAAGCAUGGGCCAUCAAGAAGGGGUUUCUCACUGCCAAGGCAGCUCGGCCUGACAUUUACAGGGCUGCCAAUUAUCUGCUGCGGAUGACCCUUGUCGGUAGAAUCUGUCUGUGUUUGAGGCCCCCAGGGUACACUGCUGAUGAAGAUUUAUGGAUCCACCACCAAGAGACUAAACUAUUGUCUGAGGAGCUACAUAGAUUUGAGGCCAGAGAAGAGGGUGACCAGGGGAGAGAGAGUGAAGGGGAGAGCACAGAUGAUGAACUACAGCAGGCAGAAGUUUUACAGAAGGGAAAUAACUCUUCAGGGAGUGAAGAGGAAUCGUCGGAGGAAGAGGGACAAUUUGUGUCGGGGAAAAACCCAUUUGCUGCCCUGGCGGGCGAUGACUAGUCAUUAGUAGUUUGUUAUUAAAUUCUACCUAUGCAAAGUUGGUGUUAAAUGUAUCUUCUGUCCUCUGUGACUGAUGCAUGACUUUUGUAUUACUGGUAUAAUGUAUUGUUGAGUUUAGAUAGAAUGAUAUCCAUUUGUUACUCUUUUUUUAAUGAAAGUUUUUAUGAUGCUUUCACUUGUUUUAUUGUCAUUAAAAUCAUGCACUGUAAAACAAA